AUGGCGACUGAAGUUUCUGGUUCCGAAGAUGUGGAGAUGGACGAUGCAGACGCAGUCGAGGACGAAGAGCUGUUUCCGUCCCUUAUCAUUCCUGUGACUUCUUCCAACAAAUCGAGCAACCUGUUUGUUGAAAUCUUUGCGGAAGAGCUGCCUGAAAUUGCUUCCUCUACCAUCCUGCAGGUCCUCAAAGACGAAGAUGCCGAACUCAACACGUGGGCAGACGCUGCCUUGUUGUACAUGCAACAACGUCAGUCGAGAGAAUCUUCCACUAUUCUUCAGGCUGCCUGUGAUUUGGACACGGGCAACAAUCGAGAUCAAAAGGUCCGCAUCUUGGCUUCCGCCGGAAUUGCCCUCCUUACUGAAGCACAGCAGUCACAAUCCACGGCGCCAGGAGGAAUCAAACGACCGGGAGGAGAUCCCAAAGAUGAGCUACGAUCCAUGGCAGACAAUAGAUUCACACACGCAUCCAAAGUUGACACGCUCUUUCCCAUGACAUGGAUUGGGAGAGGCAUGCUCAACCUCUCCGCCGCUCGAUUGGAUCAGGCACGCUUCUUCUUCGAAACUACACUCAAGCAAUGUGGACCUGUAUUGCCGGCACUCCUAGGAAUGGCGGCUGUACUCUACGGAGAAAAGGACUACAAGGGAGCCCAGGAAAUGUAUGCCAAGGCCAUGAGACUCUAUCCGGUCAAGUCGGGAUCUUCCACAAGAGUUGGAUUUGGACUGGCGUGUUACCGUCUGGGACAAGUCGAUAGAGCCAAGGCAGCCAUGUCAAGAGCACUCUCCAUGGAUUCCGAAAAUGUAGAAGCCAUGGUCGGGGCCGCCGUACUUGCCAUGGCCAGUCUCGAUGAGACCAGUCAAGACUUUGGAUCUCAGGCCGAAAAAGCCAUCAAAAUGAUAUCCAUGGCCAAUCUACUAGAUCAUUCCAAUGCCAUGGUACAAAAUCAUCUAGCCAAUCACUACUUUUGGAAAUGGACACCCGUCGCAGGAAUGGUCGAAGUCACACAAGGAUCCAAAGUGGUCAAAUGCUCGCAGAAUGUACCACUUGACGCUGGAGAACUCGUUCGAAUUGGAAUGAGUUUUGAAACCUAUGUCACGGAAGAUACUGGCGAUGAUGAUGACGACAAUGCCACCUUUCGAAUUCGGGAUGCUUGGAAGGACCCCUCCACCAGUGGAUUGAAACUCUGGAAGAAGGAUUAUGAUCGUGUCGUCGCGUUGGCCAAGGGAGCAUACAGCAGUACCAGUGUCAAGGAAAUUCAAGCCGAAUCCUUGUUCUUCUUGGCCCGAGUCUACCAUGUCAGAGAAGACUUUGACAAUGCACAAAAGUUCUACGAAAAAAGUUGCAAACUGGCACCCAACUUGAGCCCGGCGCGAUAUGGGCUAGCACAGGUACUCAUUAUGCAAGAAAAGUACGCCGAUGCCGCGGCUCACCUCAAGUUGGUGAUUGGAACUUCGGCCAGGGCCACGGAUGCACUGGCGCUAUUGGGGUUGUUGGAAGUGAGAGAAGGAAAGAACAUACAGGACGGGCUCUUGCACAUUCGCAAGGCAAUUGACCUGGAUCCACUCAACCCGGAUUUAGUGGUGCUAGAGGCGCUGGCGCUGCAACAACACGAAAGCAGCUAUACCAAAGCUCUCGAUCGGUAUCAAAAGGCAGUCCAACUCAUGGGACGACGUGGCAAAAAAGUACCGUAUGAGAUAUACACCAAUAUUGGAGUUCUCUGCCACGAGACCAAAAAAUUCGACAAAGCGUUGGAGAUGUACAAGCAGUCAUUCAAGGCUUUGGAUGAAGAUGAGACCGCUCAAGAGGUCUCUCUGGAUUCCAAAGAAAUCGAAGGUGGCGCCAUUGUCUUGAAUGACAACAAAUUGUUCUUUGGAUAUGCAGAUACGGAACUUAUGGUAGAAGUGACCAAAGCAGCAGCAGUACCGGUGCCGCCCCCACCAGCAACAACAACAACAGAGAAGCCAUCAGACGGCGACAAUCCACAGGAUUCGGCUGAACAAGACAAAUCGACUGAGGAUGGAGACGAGAAGACAAAUCCAGAGGAUAAGCCCAGCCAAAACGACAAGAAAGAUGAUGCGGCCGACAAGAAAGAUGACGCGACGGAGAAGGACAAGGAGGGCGAAGCAGACAAGCCAGUGAACCAGCAGAAAAGACGAGCGUUGAAGCAGAGAAUUGGCGAAAGCUUCGAAUCCGAGAUUGUGAAGAUCGAGUCUUCGGAUGGUCGGGUCCUUCUGACCAUCAAGGGAGUGUUCGAUGAGAAGGAGAACGCGGAGACGUCGUUCAAGCUAUUCGUCAAGCGCGGCAACAAGCGACUCGAUAAACCUGAAGCAAUCAGCAUCGCAUUCAAUCUGGCUCGUCUGCAUGAAGCGGUCGGAAGAACGCUUGCCGCAAUUGAGAUUCACAAGGCCAUUGUGAAGCGAAACCCAUCAUACGUUAACAGCUAUCUGAGGCUGGCGUGUAUCGCUAGGGACUGUGGCUGUCUGACUGAGUGUGCAGAAUGGCUAAAGAUCGCCGCAACAACGGCACCGGGUAACCCGGAGGUCCUGACUCUGAUUGGCAACCUUCAUCUCUCCCUCUGUGACUGGCAGCCGGCACAGAACGUCUUUGACGGUCUGCUUGCCAAGAAGGUCCCAAACGUCGAAGCCUACGCCAUGCUAAGUCUUGGGAAUAUUUACUUCAACAACCUGGACAGUCCGAAGCGUUAUGCGAAACAUCUGCAGUACGCUUCUGAUUACUACAAACGUAUUCUUAGCAAGGAUUCGUCGAACGCCUACGCCGCAAAUGGCUUGGGUGCAGUGCUUGCUGAAAAGGGGGAGCUUUUCAAGGCGAAAGAGGUUUUCAAUCGAGUGAGAGAAGUGCAAGAAAACAUCGCGGAUGCUCUGUUGAAUUUGGGCCACAUUUACUUGGCACAGAAGAAGCACCCAGAGGCUCUACAGAUGUACCGCAAUUACAUGAAACGCACGGAAGAUGGCUCAACAGACGUCACGUCGAAAUCUCGCCUGGACGAUUUGGCAGACGUCGAAUUGUAUAUUGCUUUCUGCUACUUUGACUGGGCGCGUCACACAGAACUGUUCAACAAUGCAAAAGCGGCCCCUGCUGAUGAACGAUACCAAAAGGCAAUGGAACACCUAGAGCGCGCGCUAUCAUGGGGACCAAAGAAGGAGAUCAUUCUAAGAUACAAUCUCUGCAUGACUCGGCUACAGGCGGGCAACUGUGUGCUUCAGAAGCUCACAAGAAACAUCAGGCGGACAGCAAAGGAGGUGGAAAUGGCGCUGAAUGGAUUGGAAGAAAGCCUUGCGACAGUUGAAUCGCUCAUCGAAGACAAAACCAACGGCCAGAAGGUGCCUGUCCCAACAAGUGUGCUCAAUGACUUCGUGGUGCACUGCAAGGCAAACAUCGCGAGUGCCAAGUCGCAUCUCGCGGAUGAAAGAAAGCGCGAGGAAGAGGCAAACACAGAGCGGGAGCUGCAGCGCCUUGCGGCUGAAGCGGCUAGGAAGGAAGAGGACUUGCGCAGGGAGUUGCAGAAGGAAGAAGAGAGAAGAAAGCAGGAGGAAAUGGAUCGAAAGGCCGAGGCAAGGAUGCGGCAUGCCGAUCAACUGCGUGCAGACUGGCAGCACCAAGAGGUUGUCAAGAAGGCGGCACAAGCAAAGAAGGCCAGAACUGCAAAGCCGCAGGACGACGAUUUUAUCGUCGACGACCCGCCUGAGGACGCACCAGCAGCCAGCGGUCUAUUUGACGACUCGGAGGAUGAAAGUGAGGACGAGGGAGAGAAGAAAGCAAAAGGUGAUUCCGAGGGCGCCGAAGGCAAAACCGAGAAUGCCACGCAAGCUGAUCUCUUUGGUGACUCCGACGACGACGAAGAGAGCGACGAGGAGUUGCUGGGGAAGAGCGACAAGGGCAAGGGCAAAGAUAAGAAGGAAAAGAGCGACAAGGAAAAGGAUAGUGGCGAUAAAAAGACAACGGGGAGUGCACUCUUCGGAAACAGUGACGACGAGAGCAGUGGUGAUGAAUUGCUUGCUUCAGCCAGCAAGGACAAGGAAGACAAGCCUGCGCCCAAGCCAAACGAGCUCUUUGGGGAGUCUGACGAUGAUGACGACGAAGCCGGAGAAAGUUCGAAGACUGCCAAGAGGCCCGCUUCUGGUGAUGAGGAGGACAACGACCAGCCCAAGAAAAAGAGGAAGGUGGACGAUGAAGAUGACGACUGAAACGAGCGUAUUACUGUUUGGUUCAAACUUCUUUACAUUCCCAACAAGACGAUGUUUGCCUUUCGUUGUCUGUUUGCUGACUUGCCUGCACCCUGGACUAGACAUGAUCCUUCGAGGCCGCAAGCAUUUGGCUGCGUCCGCUUCGUUCUGUAGCUCGUUACCCCCAGGUUGUUCGGGUUGUUUGGUUGCUGAAGGUGCACCGCACCCUACCGGUAGCAGUUUAUACUAACUAGAUUUGCAAGCAGGGGAAACAUAUCUUGGCGACAAAACGCUCCUCCAUGGCCACGUGAAGGAAAAUGUGUUUGCCAGAUGCGCACAAGAAACAAUGCUGGGCAGGCUGCAAUUGAAGGAGGCCGAAAUGGUGCCUGAUCUGAUGAGAUUGGAAAGUUGUGCAACAGUCGAGUCGCUCAUCGCCGAAGACAAAACCAAGGGCAAGAAGGCUCCUGCCCCAAUGAUGUUGUCAUCCACUCCAAGGGAAACUUCUCAAACACAGAGCAGGAGCUGCAGCAGUUUCCAGAACAGAAGAGAGAAGAAAGCAGGAGGA